CAGUUGACGGAAAGAUAGUGGAUAUGGACACGAGGUGUCACGACGCGGUUGGAUCAGAGACGAUUUUUGAGCGGUGUGUGGAGAAGAAGCCAUGGCAGAGUCCUGAUGGAGAAAUUGUGUUUUAACGCUUGAGACAGCUUCUGCAAGAGUGAGUCGGCACAGUGGCCAUGCGGCAGCUUCUGCUUUCGGUCUACAUCUUCACUUUCCUCACUGGACUCCCCACAAACAUGCUGGCUUUCUGGACGUUCUUCUGGAAACUGCGACGGCGGGCGGCUCCCAUCGACGUGCUGCUGCUCAACCUCACCAUCUCCGACCUCAUCUUCCUGGCUUUUCUCCCGUUCCAAAUGAAGGUGGCGUACGACAACAUGACCUGGACGCUGGGCUUCCCGCUGUGUCCCAUCACCAGUUUCAUCUUCUACGUCCCUAUCUACAAUAGCACCUUGCUGCUCACUGCUGUCAGCGUGGAGCGCUAUCUGGGCGUGGCCUAUCCACUCAGGUACUCCCUGUGCCGCCGCCCUCUCUAUGCCACGUUGGCUUGUGUCAUGUUCUGGGCGAUGACCUCUCUGAACCUCAGCAUUGUCUACAUCAUACCCUACAUCCAGUGGCUCAACUCCACUACAACUCCUCUGACCUGCUACCAGGACUUCACAGAGGACCAGUAUGCAAUCGUGGGGCGGGUCCGCUUCGAGCUCUUCUUUGUCCUCUUCUGCAUCCCUUUGGUCAUCUGCAGUUUCUGCUAUAUCAAUUUCAUCGUCAUCCUGUCACGCCUUCCGAACAUCAGCCGACGGCGAAGACUGCGUGCCAUCGGUCUGGCUGUUGGCACCCUCUUCACCUUCGUGGUCUGCUUCGGCCCUUACAACGUCUCUCACGUGGUUGGAUUUGUGCAAGACGAGAGUCAGAGCUGGAGAAUCGUGGUGCUUCUCUUGAGCACCUUGAAUGCCUGUCUGGACCCGUUUAUCUUCUACGUCUCCUCUGCUGCAGUCCGACGCAUGAUACAUCGCUGCUUCAACAGCAUCGCUGCAAAGUUGCACAUCCUGAAAUGCGGAGGCACUGCCAGCUGA